AUGACGCUGGCAAGCGGCGCGUCGUCCUUAACAAACGACGCGUCUUCUUCGACUGGCGACGCUUCCACGCUCUCCCCUCUGUCGUCCCCCUCGUCCAGCAAGUGCUCCAGCCCCGCACCACAAGCGGCAUGCGGGCGGUCGAAACAUGCCACGCGGAAGGAGGCCGUCCUGAACACUCCCCUCCCAUCGUACUUCCAAGUCGACGACCUGCAACUCAAGCCAAAGAAGGAGUUCAACCUCUUGUGGUACUGGCUGGCCGAGCGGCAAGACAUUUAUGACCGCCGGCGACAAGGCCUGCCUCGAGAUGAAUGGACCGACGACCCGAUUCUGCAGCACGGCUGGUUCUGCAACGCGUACCGGAUCCUCGACCGCGAAUGCCAGUUCCUCGUGCGCGAGGUCAUCGAAAAAGGAUCGCAAGAGCCCGCCGAAAUUUGCUUCCGUGUCCUGCUAUACGAUAUCUUCACCCGCUCGACCACCUACCAGCUCCUCGCCGAACACUUCGCGCCCCUCAGCAUCAAGACCUUUGACCCUAUAGCCUUCGCCGAAUACCUACGCGGCCGCGAAGGGCUCUACACUCAUGCCUUCCAAAAGACCUCCGCGCCCGACAAAUCCCGCCCACACCUCCCGCGACUCGACGCGCACCUCGAGGAGCUGGAAAAGUGGAUAAAGGACGGCGUCCCGAACCGGAUCGCGAACCGGGAGAAGGUGACGGACGUGUUCGACUACUUCUUCGGGCAGCCCGGCUGGGCGGAGUUCAAGGCAUACCAGCUCACGCUCAACCUGUCGUACACGCCGCUCGUCAACUUCCACGCGAACGACCUCGUCGUGCCGGGCCCGGGCGCGCGCGCGGGGCUCAAGCGCAUGUUCGGCGCGUCGAUGGAUGCGGCGGUGCGCGACGACCCGCGCGCGUAUAUGCGCGCACUGCUGUGGAUGACGCGCACGCAGGACGAGCACUUCCAACGGCUGGGCCUGCGGUUCUCGCGCUUGCAGGGCCGGCCGCUGGAGGCGGCGGACAUCGAGCACGCGGUAUGCGAGCUCGAGAAGUAUGCGAGGAAUGGGUCGAGGAUGCGGGUGUAUAAGCCGGCCUCGAACCAUCCACCUCCGCUGCCACCACCUGUGCUACCCAAGGCUUGGAAUCAUCCUGCUCGAGCGAAGCCUAACCCUUCCUGGCCGGAUACGAGCAAGGACAACAAGGGCUACUUCAUCGAGGCCAUCGUUGAUGACAAGGUCGAAGACGGCGAGCAAUGGGUCUACAUUAAAUGGCUCAACUACUCGACGAAGGCGAAUACCUGGGAGCCGGCGUGGAGCGUCUGGCACGACGCUCCUCUCGCCAUGGAGGAGUAUUUCGGACACAAGGCGCCUGCACCGAAGACGAAGUCGAGGAAGCGUCGUCGGCGAUUUUAUUGA